AUGGAAGGCUUACACCCACCACCGAUUCUUCAGUUGACUGGAAUUGUGGCUGAAAAUCGGAGAAGAUUUAAGCAACGUUUCACGUUGUACCUGUCAGCAAUUGGACUCGACGAGGCAAGUGAUGAAAAGCAAGCGUCAGUGUUUUUGCAUGUAGUGGGUGAUGAGGCGCUGGAAGUUUAUAAUAACUUCACGUUUCCUGAUGGUGACGGAAUGAAGCUGGAUGAAAUGAUGGAGAAGUUUGAGGCUUACUGCAUACCUAAGAGAAAUGUGACGUUUGAGAGGCACAGAUUCUUCAUAUGUGUACAGAAGACAGGGGAGACAAUAGAUCAGUACGUCACAGAGCUGCAGGACAGGAGUAAAACAUGUGAGUUUGGAGGACUGACAGACUCUUUGAUAAAAGACAGACGUGUGUGUGGGACCCCAAACAACGGAGCAGCUGAAACAGUGAGGGCACAAGCCAAAGAACUGCUGAGUGACAGCUGCAGAGUGGAUGCUGCAAAAAAGAACACACACAGGGUCAAAAAAGAGAGUGCUGCUGCUGAAGUGAAACUGCAAUUAAAAUUGCCAGCGAACAGGGACAGAAAGGAAAAGACUUGUGGUCGCUGCGGGAUGCAACAUCCUCCUAAAAAAAUGUGCUGCAAAGUUCCAACCCAAAAACAAAGUUCAGUUCAUACUGUGGAUGAAGACGACACAGAGGAACUCUACGUAGCUGCAGUGACAGACAAUAAAACAGGAGGAAAGGACUGGAUAAUGACUCUCAAAGUAAAUGACACACUCAUGAAAGUCAAGCUGGAUACUGGAGCUCAAGUGAAUGUCAUAUCUGAAGCAGAAUUCAAGAGAAUCAGACCUAGACCCAAAAUGCAUGCUACGUCGGUGAAAGUGAGUGGAUAUUCAGGCUCAGAAAUACCUGUAAAAGGAAAAUGCAUGGUUAAAGUGACACACAAGGAAGAGGAGCACACGCUAACGUUCACUGUGGUGCCAAAGAAUGUGCAGCCCAUACUAGGGUUACAUGCCUGUGAGAGUCUGAAACUAGUGAAAAGAGUGCUCGUCGUGGAAACUGAUGAUGACAUGGACUAUAAUGAGUUGAUGAAGGAAUGUGGUGACCUGUUUCAGGGACUUGGUUGCCUUGCUGGAGAACACACAAUCAGAGUUGAUGAAAGGGUUAAACCAGUCAUUCAUCCGUGCCGCAAAGUACCAUUUGCUCUACAAAAGCCACUAAAAGCCGAGUUGGACAGGAUGGAAAACCUGGGAGUGAUUGAAAAUGUUGAUGAACCAACGGAGUGGGUGAGUUCUCUUGUUAUUGUGGAGAAAAAGACGGGAAAGCUCAGGGUUUGCAUGGAUCCUAGAGACCUGAAUAGAGCAAUAAGGAGAGAACAUUUCAAACUGCCUACAAGAGUAGAGAUCAUGUCACAGUUUGCAAAAGCGAAGUACUUUAGCAAGCUAGACGCUUCAUCAGGAUUUUGGCAACUGAAGCUGGACGAAGCAACACUGGAAGUGUAUCACAAGACGAUACACAUGAUCUAUGAACACCUGGAAGGAGUCGACACGUCAAUGGAUGACAUCACUGUGUGGGGUAGCACAAAAGCUGAACAUGACCUGAGACUGAGAAAUGUUCUUGAAGCAACCAGAAGAGCCAAUCUGAAGCUGAAUAAGGAGAAAUGUCAGCUGGGCGCGAACGAACUGACAUUCGUUGGAGAUAUUCUGAGCAGUGAAGGCAUCAGACCAGAUCCUCAAAAGGCGGCUGCAAUUGAAAACAUGCCGAGGCCGAAAUGCAAGAAAGAUGUGCAGAGAUUUAAUGGCAUGGUGAAUUACAUGGGGAAAUUCAUACCCAAUCUCUCGGAAAAGAUGGCGCCACUGAGACAGCUAACGGAAAAGAGCCUCAAAUGGGAGUGGAAUCAUGAACACGAGAAAGCAUGGCGUGACUUGAAAGAUUUGCUUACGAAGGAACCAGUUCUGACAUUUUAUGAUCCAAUGAGGCCUAUUAAGAUCUCAUCAGAUGCAUCACAGAGCGGGCUUGGAGCUGUUCUGUUGCAGAAGUAUGAUGAGUGGCAGCCUGUUGCCUAUGCAUCGCGAUCCAUGACAGAUGCAGAGACGAGAUAUGCACAGAUUGAAAAAGAACUGCUAAGCAUAACAUACGCCUGUGAGAGAUUUCACCAGUUUGUGUCCGGGCAGGCCGUCAGUGUUGAAACUGAUCACAAGCCGCUGAUAGCAUUGUUCAAAAAACCACUAAAUGACUGUCCGCUGAGAAUCCAAAAAAUGAUGAUCCGGCUGCAACGUUACACACUAGACGUGAUGUACACGCCUGGCAAGCUGAUGUACACAGCUGACACAUUAUCCAGAGCUGUUGAUCCAAAUGUGCCAGCAAACACCACGAUGGAUGAUGAUGUGAGAGCAUAUGUGAGCAUGGUCACAGGUGCACUUCCCGUUGCAGGAGGGAAGAUGGAGCUCAUAAGAACAGAGACAAGCAAAGAUGGAACAUUACAAGCACUGUGCAAGACUAUCGUAGAUGGAUGGCCCAGCUGUAAGCAAAGCUGCUCACCUGUUCUUCAAGAGUAUUGGAACUGCAGAGCAGAAUUGUCUGUAGUGGAUGAUGUGGUGUUCAAGGGAAGUAAAAUUGUUAUCCCAAAGAGCCUGCGAAGAGAGAUGCUCAAAAAGAUACAUGCAGGGCAUCUAGACAUGGAAAAAUGUAAAAGGAGAGCACGUGAGGUGAUGUACUGGCCACGGAUUAAUCAGGACGUGACAAAUGAAGUGUCGAGCUGUUCAACAUGUCUGACAUAUCAAGCAAGCAAUCCUGCUGAGCCACUAAAGCCACACCCAUUGCCAGACCGACCAUAUCAGAAGGUGGGGGCGGACCUCUUUGUGUCUGGAGGAAAGACUAUAUUGUGGUCACAGACUACUACUCUUUGUAUCCAGAAGUAUGUAAACUGCAAACAACAACAGCAGAGGCUGUAA